CAGACGGUGAUGGCAGAAUAAUAGCAAUAAUAUCGAGCAAAUCAAACAGUAAAGAUGAACUUAUUCACGUAUUGUAAUUGUUGUUAUAGAAAUAUGAAGUCCAGCUGAAUUUGUACUUGAUAAUUAAAUAUGAUGUAAAUUUGAUGUUUUUUAGUUAUCGCGUUUGUCUUUAAUCGUGUCGCUGUGACGUCACGCUCUGUUUUUCUCCUCAGAGCGUGUUUGUAUGUGUUUAUUCACAGUGUGUUCUCUAAUAGAGCUCUGUGCCACAGAACCUCCCUCUAGAGUCACGUUUGCGAUGAAUAAACUGUCUCCUCAGGCCGUGACUGCGAUGGCCUCGCCGUUCGUCCCGGUCGCCGUGCCCUUCGAGCGAGCUCCGCGGGCGGACAGAGCCGCGUCUGCAGGCAGCGACAGGUGCUUCUCCAGCGGGCCUCCAGACGAGCAGCGGCCGAUCACACCCACCGUGCUGGGCUACGAGGUGAUGGAGGAGAGGGCCAAGUUUACCGUCUACAAGGUUCUGGUGAGGAAGAGUGUGGACGAGAGCUGGGUCGUGUUCAGACGCUACACUGACUUCUCUAGACUCAACGAUAAGCUGAAGGACAUGUUUCCGGGGUUCAGACUGUCUCUUCCUCCGAAGCGCUGGUUCAAAGACAACUAUGAGACGGAGUUCUUGGAGGACAGACAGCUGGGUCUGCAGACCUUCCUCCAGAACCUCGUGGCCCAUAAAGACAUCUCCAACUGUGCGGCGGUGCGAGAGUUCCUGUGUCUGGACGAUCCUCCUGGACCCUUUGACAGUCUGGAGGAGAGUCGGGCGUUCUGUGAGACUCUAGAGGAGUGUAACUACAGGCUUCAGAAGGAACUUCUUGAUAAACAGCGAGAGAUAAACUGCUUAAAGAAAACACUGGAAGAGAAAGAGCGGCACAUUCAGACGCUGGAAGGACGAAUCAACGGGGACGUUCUCACUCCAGACAGUCCGUGUUGUGUGUCCGGAGCGGGCAGCGACUGCAGUCUGGACGUAGAGUCUUCUGCUGUGGAGGCCGAUCAGGAGCUGCCUGAUGAAACACAGGCUGUGCUCCACUCGUCUCAGGGCUCUGUGUGUUGGUGUGGUCCGUCCGUCAGCAGUGAGUCUCCUCCUGUCAUUCAGGUCACUGCUCUGGACCACUGAGCGUCGCUCCUCUGGGGUUAUUUUGGGUGUCUGUGUGGCGGAGAUGAGGACGCACCGUGCGCUGGACUCGUGUUUAACGGCGGCCAAAGAGAGACGUUCAGCCCAAAGGUCAGGAAGCAGAAUCACUCCGACAGUCAGCGGCACACUGAGACUGAGAUCGGCCGCUGCUGGAAAAACAUUUCUCUGUUCUCAGGGUCACAUCUGGUUAAUUUUAGUUUGAGGUGUAAGCGAGUGAGACUGGUGUCGGGCUUCUUCACGUGUCCUCCGUUCUGACCCGGCUCCGAUCACUCGUACACUCCUGCGCUGAUGGACUGUGUAGAUUUUUAUCAUACAGCUGGAACACUGCUAGCACCAGUUUUUAGUUUUCUGCUUCGAUGAAAGCCAUAUUUAGUGCUGAUCACAGCCGAGGCCCGUGGCUCUGUAGCGGGACACAUCGUGCACUUUACGGUCCUGAGGGAUUAUGGGAUAGAUGCUUCUACACUACUUGAUAAAAUCAUGUCCAACACUUCAUUAAAGCGUCGUUUGAAGCUGUGUGCCUUCUCACAGAGUUUCACUGAUGAUACGGUGCCUUGCAUCUUUUCCAAGAGUUUUAUGUAUUUAACAGAUGUACAUAUUAUGUUUGCUUCUGGGAUGUUUCAGAUUGUUCCUCCGUGUGUUUUGUGCUUGAUGAUUUGAUCAUGAUUUUACUCAGCCAAAGGAUUGGAGAAAGGAUAUUUGAGAAGUAGAUAAACUCCACUGAACUGAACUCUACUGUCUUCACGUUUACAGCAAUAUAAUGUUUGUCUCUUUUGCAUUUGUUAUCUGUUUCCAGUUCAUGCUUCUUGAGUUGAUGGUUCUAAUCCUAAUUUAUGCAAAUAUAACUGUGAUGUUCAGAGGAUGGUGGAUGGACUGAGGGAUAUAUUUGGUGGUGGAUUUUCCAAUGUUCUGAUCAUUAGACGUGUAUUUAAUUACAAAUGACUUUAAUCUUGUACCUCACUGUCUGUUAAAGAUCAAAGAUCUAAAACAGAGUAAUUCA